GUUUUUUGGAGGCGUAGCAUAUUUGCUUUCACCAAAAACAGACUCAAUACGUAAAGGAGGCGACUGAUUGAGGCAAGCUCUCCAACGCGAAGAGAGAGGUGGGAAGAAAGGACGGAAGUUUCGGAAAAAUGUGAAUCCAAGGGCCACUGCGCACAGAAACGGAAAAACAUGAUUCAGGAGCUUGCCGUUUUGGGAGACGAUGCUCAAGCUCUGAACGAGGCAUUCCCACGGAGAGAAGACACAUCCUGGGCUCUUACAGUUCAAGCUUGUUUUGGCAUUCUCGGGUACGAAAUAUUUACGUUUCUCAACCAAGUCUUCUUGGGGUACCAAGGCACGCUCGUCAACUCGUUUCUUUUCAACGUCAUGGCCAUCAUACUUCUUAUGCUCCACAAGAUUCAACGUCGUCCAAAAUUCUGGGGCUCCCUUUGCUACUGGACGUGCGUAUCAGGUUUCUUCCUGCUUGGAAACUAAGCUGUGCAGGCCAAGUUUGCUGUCGAGCGCGAAAAAGAGAAUCUAUAAGGAAGAAGUGUGAGAAUUCGACACACGCGAGGCAACAUUCUUUACAGCUCGCUGGGGGAACACAGGGGCAACUUCCAUCUUUGCCUCUGGAGUCCUCAUCCAAAAGCUGUCAAUGGAUUCCAUACCACUUUGUGAUCAUCCGGAAAGCUAGCUUUCGAGCUUUCUGUUUUCCAGCCAGGGCACGAGAUCUCCUUUGCUUUCUUUGCUGUCCUGGUUUCUACUCUCAAUCCCUCGAUCGCUUUCUCCUCUCUUGGCGAUGGCUAGCGUGUCUUUGUGCUUGUGAAAAGAGGAUGUUCAAACAAUGAAAAUUUGAUGGAGA